AUGUGUGUGUGAGUGUUUGUGUGCGUGUAUGUGUAUCCGUACAAGACAAGCCGUCUGGCUCCACCUCUCUCUAUCCUCUCUUCCCCCUCUCUAUCUCUCCCCUCCUCCUCCUCCACCCUUACCGUCUCUUUCACUCUCUCUCUCACGCAUCACACACACUCUCUUUCUACCAGCUGCAAGCAGCUGCCUGGUGUUAUUUAGGGGAGACCCAGCGGAUUAAAAUAAAGGAAGCGAAGAGAGAGAGAGAGAGUGGUGAAAAAGAAAAGAAAUCACCAGAAGGAGAAAAAGGUGAAGAUUUCACAUCAGCCUGCAGAAUGCUACACCGUCUGUGUUUGCCUGGUCGGAUUGAGAGGCGAAAAGAGCACCGAGAGAUUGCAUUUCUUUAACAAAAUAAAAAAGACCACGCAAGAGAGAGAUUUAUUUUUAAAAAGAUAAAGCCUCCCCAUCUCCAGCUUUACACGUGAAAAGAUACCAUCCAGGCGGCUCGGCGUCCUUUGCAAUGCCAGCGGGUCUACAGGAUUCCGGGCUGCGGUGAAUCUGAACCAGUUUAACGGCUCCCCUCAUCCCCCCCCCAUCUCACCCCCCCAACCCCAAACCACCAUUCCCGGAGCUGGGGCUCGACGGACAUUCGGCCAGGUGAGAGAAUGAGUGCAAGAGCGGACAGCACGGACGGACAGUUCCAUUCAUAAUGUGGAUGUGAAGAAAGAUACAUUAAAAGGCUCUGGGGAGCGUGUGGACAGAGGUCUGAGGAUCACUGGUCCCAGUCCUACAGCAUUCGAGCGUUAGAAUUCAACGGAGGACUGGACAACGCACAGGGACUUCGCUAGAGACAAUGGGCUUCCAUUGGUGGACACUCUGGGCUUGCUGGAUCACACUCUUCAGCCCAAGACCUGCAGAAGGUUUGAGUCGGGCUGCCUUGCCAUUUGGUUUGAUGCGCCGGGAGCUCGCGUGCGAAGGAUACCCCAUCGAGCUGCGGUGUCCAGGGAGCGACGUCAUAAUGAUUGAAAGUGCCAACUAUGGGCGAACCGACAGCAAGAUUUGUGAUGCCGACAUCUUCCAGAUGGAGAAUGUGGAGUGUUACCUUCCCGACACCUUCAAGAUCAUGUCACAGAGGUGUAACAACCGUACACAGUGUGUGGUGGUGGCAGGUUCUGACGUCUUCCCUGACCCCUGCCCAGGGACCUACAAGUAUCUGGAGAUCCAGUAUGAGUGUGUCCCCUACAUAUUCGUCUGCCCUGGGACAUUGCGGAAAGUCUUCGAGCCAACCAAUGUGUUUGAGUCAGAGCAUGAGGCAGGGGCCUGGUGCAAGGAUCCUCUUCAGGCCGGUGACCGUAUAUACUAUAUGCCGUGGAUCCCAUACCGCACCGACACACUGACCGAGUACGGUUCGUGGGGGGACUACACGGCUGGACGGCCCACCACCUCGUACCGCCUGCCGCACCGAGUGGACGGCACAGGCUUUGUGGUGUAUGACGGUGCUGUAUUCUAUAACAAGGAAAGGACACGGAACGUAGUCAAGUUUGACCUGCGGACCCGCAUCAAGAGCGGCGAGGCCAUUAUCGGUGGCGCCAAUUACCACGACACUUCACCCUAUCGCUGGGGGGGCAAGACUGACAUCGACCUGGCCGUUGACGAGAACGGGCUGUGGGCCAUCUAUGCUACUGAGCAGAACAACGGCAAGCUGGUAGUGAGUCAGCUCAACCCCUACACACUGCGCUUCGAGGGCACCUGGGAGACGGUGUACGAUAAGCGGUCAGCCUCCAAUGCCUUCAUGGUCUGCGGGGUACUGUAUGCCGUGCGCUCGGUGUCCAAGGAAGACGACAGCGAGGUCAUCGGUAAUACCAUCGAUUUUGCCUUCAACACCAACCUCAACCGGGAGGAACCGGUCUCCAUCGCCUUCCCCAACCCCUACCAGUAUGUCUCAUCAGUGGACUACAACCCCCGGGACAACCAGCUCUAUGUCUGGAACAACCAUUUCGUGCUGAGGUACUCACUAGAGUUUGGACCCCCUGACCCAACCGCAGCACAAGUCACAGUGGCUUCCACAAGCAACACAGCGGCGGCAAAACCCACCAUGGUAACCACGACAACCACCACCAGGAAAGCCCCGCUCACUACCAUGGCGGUGGGUGCAAUUAACCAGCUGGUACCGGAGCAGCGGCCCGUCACGCCCAAUGCCCCCAGUACCAGGCGGACACCUCUGUCCAACCAACAGCCAUCACCUCAGCGAUACUGUGAAUCAACAGAGGCCAGAGGCAUCAAGUGGCCAUCGACGCAGCAGGGUGUACUGGUGGAGAGACCGUGUCCCAAAGGGACUAAAGGUAUCGCCUCCUACCUCUGUCUCCUUUCACUCGGACUCUGGAGCCCAAGAGGCCCUGACUUGAGCAACUGUACCUCACCCUGGGUAAACCAAGUGGCACAAAAGAUUAAGAGUGGAGAGAAUGCAGCUAACAUUGCGAAUGAGCUGGCCCGGCACACCAGAGGCCCGAUUUAUGCUGGCGAUGUCAGCUCCUCUGUCAAACUGAUGGAGCAAUUACUGGAUAUUCUCGACGCCCAGCUGCAGGCUCUGAGACCCAGUGACAAGGAGUCAGCAGGACGCAGUUACAACAAGAUACAGAAACGGGAAAGGACCUGCAGAAUGUACAUAGAGGCUGUUGUACAAACCGUCGAUAACCUUCUGAGACCAGAGGCUCUGGAAUCAUGGAAAGAUAUGAACACCACGGAGCAGGUUCACACAGCAACCAUGUUGUUGGACAUCUUGGAAGAGGGGGCCUUCCUACUGGCAGACAACCUCAAAGUGCCGGCUCAAGUCAACACCACCACUCAGAAUGUCGUGUUUGAAGUCUGCGUGCUCAACACUGAAGAACAGGUGAAGGAGCUGACAUUUCCAAAUGGCUAUCUGACAGAAAGCUUUAUCCAGAUCUCGCCAAACACCAUCAAACAGAACAGCCGUAAUGGUGUUGUGAAGGUGGUGUUAAUCCUGUACAACAACCUGGGCCAGUUUCUAUCAACAGAAAAUGCCAUGGUGAGAAUGGGCACAGACAUCAGUAGCCAGAGCACUUCCAUCGUCGUCAACUCUCAGAUCAUCGCUGCUUCCAUCAACAAGGAGUCAAGCCGGGUCUUCCUCACUGAGCCAGUGAUCUUCACCCUGCAGCACCUUGAUUCAAAAAACCACUUCAGUGCAAACUGCUCAUUCUGGAAUUACUCGGAACGAACCAUGAUGGGGUUUUGGUCAACGCAAGGUUGUCGUCUGAUAGAAAGUAACAGAACUCACACUGCCUGUGCCUGUAGCCACCUUACCAAUUUUGCAGUGCUGAUGGCUCACAAGGAGAUUUUGUAUGAAGACCGCAUGCACAGGUUGCUACUAUCUGUUAUCACCUGGGUGGGCAUCGUCAUCUCCCUCGUCUGCCUCACCAUCUGUAUCUCCACAUUUUGCUUCCUUCGAGGGAUUCAGACAGACCGCAACACCAUUCACAAGAACCUCUGCAUCAACCUCUUCAUCGCAGAACUCAUCUUCCUCAUCGGUAUCAACAAAACUCAGUAUCAGAUUGUGUGCCCAAUAAUUGCUGGCUUCCUUCACUUCUUCUUCUUGGCGGCCUUCUCCUGGAUGUGUCUGGAAGGUGUCCACCUCUACCUCAUGCUGGUCGAGGUCUUUGAGAGCGAGUAUUCCAGGAAGAAGUACUAUUACCUAUGUGGUUACUGCUUCCCUGCUCUUGUGGUUGGCAUCUCAGCAGCAGUGGAUUACAGGAGCUACGGAACUGACAAGGCAUGUUGGCUCCGAGUGGACAACUACUUUAUCUGGAGUUUUAUUGGACCAGUUUCCUUUGUUAUUAUGAUGAACCUGGUUUUUCUGAUGAUUACCCUUCACAAGAUGAUACGAAGCAGCAGCUCCUUGAAGCCAGACUCCAGCAGGCUGGAGAAUAUCAAUUACCCCAUAUGUGAUGGCUACUAUAGUAUGGAUUUGCCUGGAUAUGAGGACAACAAACCGUUUCUCAAGUCCUGGGCUUUGGGUGCAAUCGCUCUCCUUUUCCUGCUGGGUCUCACCUGGGCAUUUGGCCUAAUGUUUAUCAAUGAAGAGUCCAUGGUGAUGGCCUACCUCUUCACAACAUUCAAUGCCUUCCAGGGAAUGUUCAUCUUCAUUUUUCACUGUGCCCUCCAGAAGAAAGUCCACAAGGAAUAUAGUAAGUGCCUGCGGCAUGCCCAUUGCUGCAGCCGCCCCUCUGCUGGGGUCUCCCAUGGCAACCUGAAGACAUCCACUAUCCGGAACAGCAGCCGGUACUACACUGGUACUCAGGUACAGAACGCUGCGGCAAGCAGGAGGAUGGCUGAAAAGAGUCGGAUCCGGAGGAUGUGGAAUGACACAGUUCGUAAGCAGUCGGAAUCUUCCUUCAUGGCAGGAGACAUCAACAGCACUCCAACCCUAAACCGAGGAACUAUGGGCAACCACCUGCUGACCAAUCCUGUUCUGCAGCCUCGUUCUGGUGCCAGCCCCUACAACACUCUCUUGGCUGAGUCCGUUGGCUACAGCGCUCCCUCACCCACCGUCUUCAGUUCACCAGGGACCUACAGAGAGACAAAGCACCCAGUGAACAUCACGAGAGACCCAUGUGCAGUGGACACACUGCCUCUCAACGGCAAUUUCAACAACAGCUAUUCCUUCCGAAACAAUGACUUCAGCGGAGAUGGCACCCCCCUCACCGACUGCCGGCGCAACCUCAGCGAUGCUGCCUUUGAGAAGAUGAUCAUCUCCGAGCUCGUCCACAACAACCUGCGUCCUGGUGGCAAGACCCUUCCCGGGGAGCAGGGAGCGCCAAGCAGCAGCGGGGGUGGCAGUGGAGGAGGGGGAGGAGGAGGUGGAGGAGGAGCAGGAGGAGGAGGAGGAGCCACCAGCAGUGAAGAUGACGCCAUUGUCCCCGACGCCCCCUCGCUGACCCAGGAGGAUAACAUGGAGAUCGAGCUGAUGUACAAGGCUCUGGAGGAGCCCCUACUCCUACAACGCGCUCAGUCGCUCCUCUACCAAAGUGAUCCAGAACUGGAGGAGUCCGAGAGUUACACUGCCGAAAUAGCAGAUGGCUUAGAUGGCCAGCUGCCAUCCCCAAACAGAGACUCCCUCUACACUAGUAUGACCAACCUGAGAGACUCCUCCUAUCCUGACAGCAGCCCGGAGGUGAUGGGUGAGACCAUGCCCCAUUCCCAGGGCAACGACGAGAUCUACUACAGCUCCAGGCCCAACCUGGUGUUCAGGAGCCAGCUCCAGGCCUACUACCAGUCCAGGAGAGGCAGCAACAAUGACUACGCCAUCUCAGUCAACGUGGAUGACUCUGUUGCAGAAGGUGAUGGGCAAAUGCAGUUGGUGACCAGUCUCUGAAACAAAAAGUGUGGGGUUGGGUUGGGAGUUGGGGGUGGGGGGAUUGGUGUUGUCGGGACAAUUCAUGGACCCAGAGAAAUGUUACCUUUAGUAAUGGUGGAAACGUAGGGCUGUAAUCUGUACAGAGGACCGACCUGGUUGGAGCAGGGCUGCCAGUUCUUUUAUUUCUCGAUUGUUGUCAUUGUUGCUCGACACUUACAAACCUUGGGAUCGCCUGAUGAAUCAGUUACUACCUCCAGCCAACUUCUCCGCACCCCAGGCGUGAACAUGUCGCCGGUUUGUUAGCUGGGGGCUGGGGGUGGGG